GCCGGGAUGGGGAGUGAGCGCAAGGGCUCCAGAGGAGCGACUACGAACCGCGGCGCCCCCGCUCGCUCGCUGGCUCGCUCUUCCUCCUCUUCGUCGCCACCGCGGCUCCGCUAAGCUCUCGGAGCGCGCUCGGGCGGCGCAAAGAGUGCCCGGGUGGGAGCGGGAGCAGGAGCCGCGAGGCCGGGGCGAGGGACGCGCGGCGGGCGGCCAGGAGGCGGCGGCCGGGGAGUCAUCAGCACUCGAAAGGAGUGAAUGAAAUGUGCAGCUCGGGGUGUCAUUUCUGAAGGGAGGAGUUGUUCUCUUGGAGAGGAGUCCUCAAUGAGCCUGGCCAAGGCCCGGGAUCUGUGUGAAGUGGACUAAGGAUUUAGUAGGAUGUCAACUGAGACAGAACUUCAAGUAGCUGUGAAAACCAGCGCCAAGAAAGACUCCAGAAAGAAAGGUCAGGAUCGCAGUGAAGCCACUUUGAUAAAGAGGUUUAAAGGUGAAGGGGUCCGGUACAAGGCCAAACUGAUCGGGAUUGAUGAGGUUUCUGCAGCCCGGGGAGACAAGUUAUGUCAAGAUUCCAUGAUGAAACUCAAGGGUAUUGUUGCUGGCGCUCGUUCCAGAGGAGAACACAAACAGAAAAUCUUUUUAACCAUCUCCUUUGGAGGAAUCAAAAUCUUUGAUGAGAAGACAGGGGCCCUUCAGCAUCAUCAUGCUGUUCAUGAAAUAUCCUAUAUUGCAAAGGACAUCACAGAUCACCGGGCCUUUGGAUACGUUUGUGGAAAGGAAGGGAAUCACAGAUUUGUGGCCAUAAAAACAGCCCAGGCGGCUGAACCUGUUAUUCUGGACUUGAGAGAUCUCUUUCAACUUAUUUAUGAAUUGAAGCAAAGAGAAGAAUUGGAAAAAAAGGCACAAAAGGAUAAGCAGUGUGAACAAGCUGUGUAUCAGACAAUUCUGGAAGAAGAUGUUGAAGAUCCUGUAUACCAGUACAUUGUGUUUGAGGCUGGACACGAGCCAAUCCGUGAUCCCGAAACGGAAGAAAACAUUUAUCAGGUUCCCACCAGCCAAAAGAAGGAAGGUGUUUAUGAUGUGCCAAAAAGUCAACCUGUAAGUGCUGUGACCCAAUUAGAACUUUUUGGGGACAUGUCUACCCCUCCUGAUAUAACCUCUCCCCCUACUCCUGCAACUCCAGGUGAUGCCUUUAUCCCGUCUUCAUCUCAGACACUUCCAGCGAGUGCAGACAUGUUUAGUUCUGUACCUUUCGGCACUGCUGCUGUACCCUCAGGUUAUGUUGCAAUGGGCACUGUCCUCCCGUCCUUCUGGGGCCAGCAGCCCCUCGUCCAACAGCAGAUCGCCAUGGGUGCUCAGCCACCAGUCGCUCAGGUGAUGCCGGGGGCUCAGCCCAUCGCAUGGGGCCAGCCGGGUCUCUUCCCUGCCACUCAGCAGCCCUGGCCAACUGUGGCCGGGCAGUUUCCGCCAGCCGCCUUCAUGCCCACACAAACUGUUAUGUCUUUGCCAGCCGCUAUGUUCCAAGGUCCCCUCACCCCCCUUGCAACUGUCCCUGCCACGGGUGACUCCACCAGGUCAAGUCCACAGACCGGCAAGCCCAGGCAGAAAAUGGGGAAAGAAAUGUUUAAGGAUUUCCAGAUGGCCCAGCCUCCACCCGUGCCCUCCCGCAAACCCGACCAACCCUCCCUCACCUGUACCUCAGAGGCCUUCUCCAGUUACUUCAACAAAGUCGGGGUGGCACAGGAUACAGAUGACUGUGAUGACUUUGACAUCUCCCAGUUGAAUUUGACCCCUGUGACUUCUACCACGCCAUCGACCAACUCACCUCCAACCCCAGCCCCUAAACAGAGCUCUCCAUCCAAAUCAUCUGCAUCCCAUGCUAGUGAUCCUACCACAGAUGACAUCUUCGAAGAGGGCUUUGAAAGUCCCAGCAAAAGCGAAGAGCAAGAAGCUCCUGAUGGGUCACAGGCCUCAUCCAACAGUGAUCCAUUUGGGGAGCCCAGUGGGGAGCCCAGUGCUGAUAAUAUAAGUCCACAGGCCGGUAGCUAGAUAGCGCAGGUCUGGGAGCUGGAGCCUCUCUAUACGCAGAUCAACAGACCUAAGAAACAGCAUCAAUGCGGGCUCGUGACGGGUGCUUCAAGACUGGCAUGGAAAUCAGCAUUACAAUAGGCUCUCUUGUAUUCUUUCAACUCACCUCAUCCCACGAAGAAACUCAUUAUUGCCCAAUGGAACUCAUUUGGAAGAGGGAACUCAGAGUUUUUGGCAACCAACAGUAGAUAUCUAUGGCAGCACAAAAACAAAACAAAAAAAAAGCAUAAAAGUAUAACAAAAUCAUACCCAACGUUAAACCACAAAUCAAGCAAAUACUUAUCCAACAAAUAUUCUGAGCUCUCUUAGUGUGCGUUUCAGAUGACCCAGUAUGCAAAAUCUUAAUUCUCUUUUUAUUUCUCUACCUGUUGACCAAUGGAGUGACAGGCCUCAGAGAGUUACAAAGAUUGGCACUGACUUCUUUUAGGCAAAGCGAGAGGUCCUCUGUGACUACAGUCUCCUCAUCCAUAUGUCUUUUGACAUAUGCUGAUGUUUUUUCAUCACGCCACAGGUUCUGGUCUGCCAUUUUUCCCCUUUCCUUCCUUUGUCAUGUUUGAAAAUUAAUGGGUGUACAAAUUUUUUUAUUGCUUUUGACUUUUUUUAGAUAUUAAUGAAGAAAUCUAACUGGAAAAAAGUCUCAUAUGAAAUGAGUUAACUUGAAAUCACAAGACAAAUAAGUGGUUGAUUAUUCUUUAUGAUCAAGAAUGUUGCCAAAACAACCCUUUAGCUAUUUCUGCAUCCUGGUGAAGAAAGACAGCUUUCAUUUUGAACCUUCAUUCUGUGAGUAGUAAAGGACGUCAAAUCCCAUUGAUGAGAAAGAUGAAAACUGCAUCCGAUUUCCUAAGAAGCUCUAAAUUCUAAGUACAAUAAAAUGAUAUUUUUUAUUUUUCCGAUAUCUUGCUGCUGUGAUGCUAUGCAGACAAGUGUCUUCUCCACGUGCCAUUUGCAAAGAAAAGUCAUUUGCCAAAUAAUUCUGUUACAGUCCUGGUAAUGUGGUUUCGGAUCUUAAAAACUGACUUCCUAAUGGAACAAUGGUGACAUAAAUAUUCAGAAUAACAAACUGAUUCUGUGAUCACAAUGGUUCAUCUCUAUCUCUUUUUGUACAUCAGAAAAUUCAAAAGGAAUUUUUAUUUUAUAAUUUGAAAAAAACCUUACCAUUAAACUCUUUAAAUAUUUAAGGGAAAUGGCUUUAAGGAGUUCUAAUGAAAAAUUGCCAGUUCUUUUUUUUUUUGUAAAUAUAAAUGUUAAUGAAAAUGCUUUUUAAUGCCAUUACACUGUAGAGAAGGUAGCAGAUUGAGUGCAAGAUGUGACAAACUUGAUGGAUGGGGCUCGCUUUCCAGAUGUUAUGUGGAACAUAUGGUAGGAAGCUGGAGUUCAGAGACAGCUGGCAGGAGCAGUUGGCCAAUCAGCAGCUAGUGAACAGAAAGGGAGCAUGUGACUCCAUAUCUAAUCUAGCCUUUCCACAAGAGUACCCGCCCUCUGCGUAAAACCAGAAAAAGACAAUUCACGUUUUGAAGGACUGUCCUUCAGACUAAACCUCUCUCCCACCUCUCCACCUUCACCUACUCCCAUAGAAAUCACUGGACUGUUUGUAUGUGAAACAGAAGAGUUUAAGCUUCCUUUUUUUACAUUUAUGAGACAAAAAGUGCAGUGUUCGGUUCGUACGUUUAGCACAUGAUUUUCAUAAAAAAUCUAUAUAUUUUUGCCCUACAGAGAAUUGUUCUACAGGUCAAACGUGUUUUCUUGAUGUUCCUAUGCAGUUAUAGUAUGUCGAAUUUAGUGGUUUAACACUAAAAAGGAAACUUUAAAGAAUCAUGUGAUUAAUUAGAUAUGAGGGUAAUUACCAUUACCUGGUUUGAAAAUUUGAAAAUUAGAGUUGAUAUGUGAUUAACUUAAAUAGGCCUGGGUACUUUGCUUCUUCAUAUGAAUAGGAACUAAAAUGAUUUAGAAGAAGGUAUACCUGCUCACAAAGAGAAAAUUGAUAAGUCAAAGUGAUUGUUACCGUUCAAAGCCCAAAUUUUACACAGGUCUCUGAAUAAAAUAUUUUCCAUUAGGUAACCUGACCAAAUGUCCAUUACAGAAUAUAUGUAAAUGUCAUCCUAAUGCGGAAGAUCUAAAAAGAGAGAAGGGCCAUUUACCUCCCUCUGUAGCUGUCACCUGUUGGUCCACAUGAUUUUUUCAGGAAAGUGCAUACAUUGUAUGAUUAGGUAAUCUUUUCACAUGAAAGGGGAAAAUGGGAAAGGUAUGACAACCCUAAGAGUUGUCCUGAAAUCAGUUUGGUUGUUUUGGGGGGGGAUUUGAUACGAUAGGCAGUUCCCCUGGGGAAAUGGCUUAAAUUACUAUGUUGUCCAUGAUUCUGAUUCAAAAACAAGUGGUGCUAUCUUCUCCCUCAAUCUGGCCUUCUUGAGUUUGUCUUGCAGUAUCACAAGUUAUACUGAUCCUUUGGGUUGCUUCUGACACGUUCCAGGUGAACUCUGGCUGAUGCUGUUUCAGGUACGCUGUCUAGAGUUAAUUUUAUAGCAGAAAGUGACAGCUCGGUGGACUUAUCAUUCAUUGAAUGUGAUUGAAAAUGUAACUGGCUCUGAAGUUAAAGAAGAUGCCCAUGUGAUGCAUUCAAGUGAGGGAGUAAAUUCAACAUUUUAAACUGCCAUCCAUGUUAUCACUGGCAGAAUUCUGAUUCUUAACAAGCACUGUUUAGUGAGCUCAGAACCAUAGUAGCUAUCCCAGGAGUACAGUGAAAUUUCCAAAUAAAAGCUGGGGUGCCAAUACCAAAAGGCCAUGGGGAGUCUGCACAGUUCCAGUUAGAGCGAUAAAAAAAAAAAUCCAUGUGUAUAGCUGUUAAUUUCUCAUCCUUCACUAGCACUAAAUUUGUCACUUUAAAUUUUGAAACCAGGGAAAUGCCACCUGUCAUUCUGUCCCCAUUCCCCAUAGCUCUUCAAUCUUUACAUGCCUCAACACUUUGUUGAUAAUUCGUACUCAUCCCAGUGUCUGCUGAAACCCCAUCCUGUAAUGUACCGGGCACCUUCUUUUUAAAAAAAAAAAAAUGUUUACUCUGUGGGUUUGGUUCAUUUCAAUUUCUGUGUUCUGACACAUAUUUUUUUAAUAAAGAUGAGAAAGAGAAAAUGACUGUUGCAGUACAUUUCUAGACCUACUUUAACUUUACCUCAGAUGACAGUUUGUUAACAUAUAUGGACACAUUAUUUUUAACUUUAUGUACAAUGCAUUCAACAGAACAGCAAAAUUUUUAGAAAUUUUCCAUUAAUUUCUGUAACACACCAUGUAAAACUUAAAAAUAAACAUGUUUGAGAACAA